UAAAGUAAAUUGAAAAUGAGUUUGCAGUUUGAUCACUAUUAACAUCAUUAUCAUUUGUGUUAAAUUGCAAUUGAAGUAGAAAUAGAAUCGCAAAUCAAACCUUUUCAUCAACAAUUUUUUGUAAAGUUGUGAUUAUCAAUUGGUGGUUAAAAAAAUUGUUCAACAAUUAAAAUUGUUUUUUUCUUUACUCUAAAUGCUAGGAAACAAUCAAAUAAUGAUUAUAAUGUUAGUUUAAAAGAGCAUCUUUCAAUCAACUGCCAUUGUCUAUGUAAUCAAAGUUAGUCAUAAAUAGUUGACGCUCAGGUUUAAUCUUGAAACCUUUUCCUCUUCAUUUCAAUUCAACUUUAUCAUGAAUUUUCGAGCAAAUAAAUUAUUCUAUUCACUAUGAUUGGAAUAUUUUGUGAUCCUUUAAACAGGUAAACAAGAUGAAUUUAAAUUGCAAUACAGACAAAAUGUAAUAACUGAGAAAUGAGACGAAAAUGAAACAAGCUCAAAAAAAUGUAAAUUAAAGUGAAAAGAAUAACAUUUUUUUCAAUCAAAUUUUCUCGACAAUCUUUUACUUUUAAAAUUAAUUUUGAAAGUCAAGGGUUAAGUGACCAGUGUUCAUGAAGGGACAAUAAGUGAGUCGCCAUCUCACCAUAGUAUGUUGUUCAUUUACAAGGUUCAGUUACAAGUUUCAUUCAUUAUCAACUAUCCUGCCAAGUUGACCCUCUUCGUUACUCUUGACGUUACCGACAAUACCAACAUCAUCAGCAUCCUCUUCAUCAACCCUCUCUGGAGUUACACUGGAAACAGUCUACAGACGAAGUACAUCAUAAUCAGGCGAACAUCCUUCAACAGUGAUUUAUCUCUGCCCACCUUUACCGAUACCACCACCUUUUCCUCCUCCUCUUCACACUCAUCGUCAUCAUUAGCAUCAGUAUCAUCAUCAUUGCCACCAGCCUCUCUCUACACCAAAUCAUCAACAAAAUUAUUCCAUUUUCUUGUUCUUCUUCUUUUCCAUUUGGUUUUACUUUUUUUUCAUCUUUCUUUUCACUUUUAUCACUACAACUAUUGUAAUAGUAAUAAUAAUAAUAUUGAUAAUAAAAACGAGAAAAUUGGACAAGAGUGCGCUGAAAUGGCUGAAAGUGCAAGUGCUAUGGGUCGAGGUUCAUCCAGCUCCAUACCCAUGGGUGACCCAAUCAGCCCAUCAGAAAGUUCAUCCCAAUCAAGUCCUAUUGGAGGCUCUGAGCCGCUCCCAGGUUCAGGUAAACCUGUUACUAUUGGCUGUCGCCGUGAUCAUGGCACGGUCAUAUCUAUAACCUCUGCUCCACCCACUCCGGCACAUUCACCGGACCCGGAUGGUGUUCACCGGUCAACUGGAAAUUUAACCUUAACUUACCGGUCAAGUUCCAAUGGAAGUGGACUCAAUGCCAUUCCUUCGGGUCGACUCAGUGCCAGUGCAGGAGUCAAUCUGGGUGGAUCGACAACCAGUGUGACUGGCCCUGGUGUGGGUCUUUCCAGUAGUGAUGGUGGUGGCCCAGGUGGCAAGGUCAACAGUGGAGUUGCAAGAGGUACCAUUGUCACCUCAUCGGCUGGUGCUGUUACAGGCCUUGACUCUGUAACAUCCUUGAACCUUGCCGGUUCACCUACAGGCAGCUCAACUCUAAGUGCAUCCGGUGGCAUUGGACGAUCACCGAGAAAGAGCGUCCAAUAUGCACCCAAUCCAAACAAUGUUAGAAGGCGAGGAUCAACAAUAGCUGGUCGACGAAAAUCUCGUGAACUAAUGCCAGGUCCUAUUCGUCGAGCAAGUCAAGUUUUAAUUAGCCUAACCAGUCCAGAUGGUUCAUCACUUCACGGCGAAUGCAGUCGUCGAGAUUCGCGAAUUGUUCCCCAAAUAACACUUCUCAAUACCAAUAUACAGAGACUUCCCAUGAAGGAUUUUGGUGCCGAGGUUCGAGCCUCAAUGGAUGUUGAUCAGUUUCUUCAGCAAGCCGUUCUACUCCUAGACAUCCAAGAAACAUCCUUGGAAGGAAUAGUCGAUCGAAUGGUUAAAAAGGUGUUGGACUGUAAAGAGCCAGUAGCAACGUUAAAGGAAGCAAAAGUGGCCCUUUUUACCCACGAAUCGGUUAACCUGUUAGCACGAACCAUUCAAGGGACUUAUAUCAGUGAAGGUGGUGGCUUUGAUUAUGAUCAAUCAUGGCUUUGUGCAAUGUGCUCAAUGCCUUCACUGCAUAAACGCCAUGUAGCCAUUGCUCGAUUAAAACAUCCUGCCAAUAUGGGACGAAACUCUCACGAGGUUCGUUUCUUUAUACUUGUUUUAACGCCAAGCAAGGAAAAGGGAACCAAAAAUGCACUGGAAACGGGUCGAACCUUUGCCACCAUAUUCGCUGACAUGGAUUUUCGUCAGCGUCUUCUAGAGGUACAAUCAGAAGGUGAAUUUAAAAGCCUUCUUCUUAAACAUGCCCAAGACCUUGCCUCGGAACAAAGUAAUCCCGUUAGAUCGUUAGGUAACCAUCAAAAUGAUCUUGACUUUGAUGAACCUAAAUGUCGAAUUGCUCAAGGACUUUGUGAAGAUUUAAGGAGAAGACUUUCCCAUUAUAUUAGUGAUUAUAUUGAUGGUGUUGUUGGACAUCAGACAAUCCAUAAAACAAUAUCAACAAUUUUUUUCCUCUAUUUUGCCUGCCUUUUGCCUACAAUUGCGUUCGGAGUUUUGAACGACAAUAACACAAAUGGAAAAAUUGGUGAUAUCCGUAAAGCUAUAAUUGGUCAAACAGUGGGAGGAUUGUCCUUUGGCUUUUUUGGAGGUCAACCUUUGGUUAUAAUAAUGACCACAGCUCCUCUAUGCUUGUACAUUAAAGUGAUAUACGGUAUUUGUGAAGGUUUUGGACUAAAUUUUCACGCUAUGUACGCCUGUGUUGGUCUUUGGAAUACCUUUUUCCUUGUAUUUUAUGCUGUUUUUGAUGUGAGCAGGCUAAUGAAAUGGUGUACAAGAUCAACCGAAGAGAUAUUUGCUCUCUUUAUCAGCAUUGCCUUUGUAGUCGAUGCAUUCCGUGAUGUUUAUAAAAAUUUCAAUAAAAAUUACUAUUCGCCAAAAUGUUUGGAACCUAAGCAAGAUUUUAUAUCGCUGUUGACAAACAAUUUUACAAAUGAGACAAGCGAAACCAUUGAUAUUAGUGAUGGUGAAUGCCGCAGAGAUGCUACUUUACUUUUCUUACUUUUAAUGCUGGGAACUGUUUGGGUUGCUGUUUCAUUGUAUAACUUUAAUAAAACGCCAUAUUUACAAGCAAGUAAACGAGAACUGUUAGCUGAUUAUGCCCUUCCUUGUGCUGUUAUUUUUCUCAGCUUUGUUGGCUCUUAUGUAUUUAAAGACAUUCCAGUUGAAACAUUUAGAUACAGCAAUACUUUUGAAAUUGGAAGAGCUCACAUUGAGGAGCUUCCAUUAUCUGCUGCCUUCGCUGCCAUGGGACUUGGGUUUUCACUUUCACUCCUAUUUUUUAUGGACCAAAACAUUGCAGCGGCCAUGGUUAACAACCCAUGCAAUAAAUUGAAAAAAGGUUGCGCCUAUCAUCUUGAUUUAUUUGUUGUUGGAGUCCUUAAUGGUUUCCUAUCCCUUUAUGGAUUCCCAUGGAUGCAUGGAGUUCUUCCUCAUUCACCUCUUCAUGUCAGAAGUCUUGCUGAUGUUGAGGAGAGAGUUGAUGGAGGACAUGUUUAUGAAAUAAUUGUUAAAGUUCGCGAAACUCGUAUAACAAGCAUAGUUUCUCACAUCUUAAUCGGUCUUUCGGUAUUCCUAUUACCCUAUCCAUUGGCCUACAUCCCGACUGCUGUUUUGGAUGGUUUGUUUCUUUAUAUGGCGAUAACUGCCCUUUCGGGAAGCCAAAUGUUCGAAAGGAUAACACUUUUAUUCAUGGAACAGGCUGCCUAUCCACCCAAUCAUUAUAUAAGGCGAUGUCCUCAACGAAAGAUACAUUUAUUUACAUUUUGUCAACUUGUUCAACUUGGUUUGAUGUGCUUCUUUGGAUUCUCACCUUGGCCCUACAUUAAAAUGGUCUUCCCAAUAGUAAUACUUUUGUUAUUGCCAGUCAGGCACAAAAUAAUAACAUACGUAAUCGAUGCAAAGUACUUGGAGGCAUUGGAUGGAGAGCAUCAAUGAUGAUAUUUACUGAUGAAAUCUGCUCAAUCAACACAACCAGAAAACAUUGAAACAAAUUUUGAACAAAAAAAGACAAAAAACAUUAUUAUUAGCAACUAACCUAGUUACAAUAAUCAAAAAAGUAAUAAUUAAAUGAUGGUAAUAAGGCGAACAUUUCCAAGGAAUCAAAAAGUCAAAGAAAACAGGAUUGACCGAAAUCUUUUCGUUUUUUUUAUUGGAUCUUCACUUACCUUUCAACGCAGAAAAAGACGCACAUCAAGACACAAGUAACACACAAUUAAACAAUAUAUACAUGGAUACAUGAGUGAGGCCAUUUGCAUCGACAGCGUUGAAUACAGCCAAUAACAGAACCCAAAAAAAGCCAUCAACUUGAUCGUCUAUUUAUAUACAAAUGAAAUUUGUAAUACCUCUGGAAAUCCGUUGGAUAAAGACGUUAACCAAAGCCAAAACAGGUUCACAUUAAACACACAUUUACAGUUAUACAGCGAACAAAUCUAAAUUAAUUUAAUUGACAAUUAAAUGAUCGAGAAAGAAGCAAAAAAUGGAAAACAAAAAGAUAGAGAAAAAAAGUGAAACAAAUAUACUAUAAAAAAAUAAAAAACUUACAAGUUACUGUUGAUGCAAAGCAAUUGCAAAUCCAAUCCAAUGUAUGAAUCCUUUGAAUCCUUGAACCUUUUUCUUUCUCUUUCUCUUUCCAAUAACUUUAUUGGUAAAUUUUUGUGUAAAUAAAUUAAAAUAAUUAUUAAUAGUUUAACUAAUUACUACAACAAAUACAACAAACAACAACCAAUACAAUUGUAAAUCAAUAAGCAGAAUAUGUUUAGCAUUAUUUUGGGCACCUUUAACUUCAUCUGUUUCUUUCCUUUCAAUCUUUCCACCUGAUUAUUUCUUCUUCAACACUACAUUUUUUGAAAGGAAAUCAAACCAUGGAAAUUAGUAAAAUAAAGAAACAUCAACAAUCAAGAAACUACAAAUUUUAAUUUGUCUUUGCAACAAUUUGAAAUAAAUGGCUUUACCAAAACAAAAGAAACGGUCAAAAGAUACAAAUUUUUUUAACUGACAAACAAAAGCCAAAAAUUAACACAUUGUUACAAUUUCUAGUUGUUAAUUAAUGAACAGUCCCCAUUUUUUUCUUAAUAUACGGCAACAGCAUUUUUUUCACUGUUGACUGUUUUGAUUUACAUUAAUCAUUAUGAAUAUUUUAAUUGUUAUAAAAACCAUUAUAUAUAUAAAUAUUUAAUCAUUAUUAUUCAUUGUUAAAAUCUGCUAGCUGUUAUUGUUUGCUGGUGGAUGGUGACUUGCUACAACCACGAUGAUACCUAUUACUGAAAAGACAACAUCUCUUGUUAUUAUGUUUAAUUGAUACUUGUUAUUAGCUGUUUAAGUUCUCUUCAAAUUAAAAACGACACAUUUUUUUCAUCCGAUUGGUUGUAUUUGUACAUGUUCAAGAUGAGUUUAGUGAUGAAAAAUUCAAUUUGUUCAUUGGCUGUUGAACCUUCAAAGCCAAAAAGUGCCCAGAGUAACAGAGUCGUAUCAUUGUCCAUCGAUUAAUUUCUUGGUUUUAUUGGCAAUUAUUUUCUAAAACAUUUUAAUACUACAAUAACAUAAGGAGUUUACAAACAUUGAAGAUUGAAAUUGAAAGUCAAAAAUGGAUUCUCUAAGCAGUUGAAAGCGUGUAUUUUUCCCUCGGAAUUCAAAAUGAUUUGACUUUUUUUAAAAUAACUGUUGUUAUUUGAGGAUCAAGGAUUGACCCUAAUUUUUAAACUGCAAGAUUAGCUUCUAGCUUUCCACUGUUCCCGUUAUAUUUGCUGCUGUUUUGGUUCAAGCAGGAAAAGUAAAAUUAUCCAUGUUUUUGCUUUCUCGUAAUCCUGCAAAGUUCAAAGUGGAAUUCAAUUGCCUUCAGAUUAAUUGAUUAGCUAUUCACACACACAUACAUGCAUAGAUAAGCUUGUUGGAAAAGAAAACCAAAAUCGUUUAAAAUCGCGAUGUGCUUUUUUAGCUGUUCUAAGCAAUUUAAAAUUAAAAUGGAAAAUUUAAGGCACAGCUUAACAGAUUUACUGGAAACAAAAGCCAUCAACACAUGAAAUUGGUAUAAUGUUUACCUAGAAGAGUGUUAAAAUUUGGAAUAGAUGACGAUGAUAAGCAAAAAAUGAUCAUGUUUGCAAAAUUUUUAUUCAACUGGUAAAAUUUGCUCAUGAUAUUCGUUUGGCCUUUACGUACAUUUGCGAUGGAUUCAAUUUUAUUUUCAACCGUCUUUGAUUAUUGCUUGAAUUAAUCCAGAGCAAUGAGAAAUCAAAGAUAUCUAAAUCAGGGUUUGCUGGAGAAAUAGUGGAAUAGAGAAAAUCAAAGUUAUCGAGGAGACACCAUUUAGAUUAUAUGGAAAUAAAAAUUCAAAUUGUUCUCGUCUGUACUCGAGCCAUAAUUUAAAAGUUUAUUUACUCACAUUUUGGUUCCCUUUUUUUGGCUAAAUUGAAAUCUUCCAAGGAAUGGAAAGAAGCAACUGUGUUGAUGAAUUACAUUUUAAAAAAUCAUACUCAGCAGAUCGAGUAGACAACAAUUUGCAUCGCCAAUUAUAUUCAUAUAUCAACUAGCUUUUUACGUUUUUUUAAACAAUCAUCAAAACCAAAAUUUUACCCUAAAACCUUGCUGCUACUUCAAUUAAUGACUCACUAAUAAUUAGUGAGAGCAAAUUUGUUUAAACUAGAAAUAACUUUCAAGUUAUAUUUAACUUUUUAGCUCUUUAAUUGUUUAUUUGUAUAGUGAAGAGGCAAAAAAGGGAUAAACCUGAAAGCUAAAAUGUUGCUUCUCUUCAAUCAAAAUCAAUUUAUCGAUUAUCACUCAAUCAAUUAUAAUUCAUUCUGUUUGGGUUCAUUUAUUUGAUUCUUUGAAUAAACAAAUCUUUUUAUGAUUGUGAA